AUGGAGUUGAAUAUUGAAAUGGCUCGCCUAAGCAGCUUUGUAACCGCUUUUCCACAAGGCCCUUUAUCGGAAUUUUAUAGUAUAUUGUCCAAAAAUGGAUUUUAUGCCUCUGAUACCGCCAACAGUGCUCAGUGUUUCUUUUGCGGUGUACGCGUAUACAACUGGCCUGAUAUACAUGAUAUACCCGCUUCACAUCGUCUUCUUAGCCCGGAUUGCCCGUUCCUUCUUGAACCAGAAAGUACAAACAACUGUCCAACAUAUUCGAACCUAGAACUGAAAGAUGAACGAAAUCGUCGAAAGACUUUUAUCAAUUGGCCAGUUUCGUUCAUAUCACCAGAUGCGCUUGCCAAAGCAGGCUUAUACUAUAAGUAUUCUGAGGAUAAUGUCCAGUGCCCCUGGUGUUUCGUUACGAUUGGGAUCUGGGAAGCUGGAGAUGAUCCGUUUCAAGAGCAUGCAAGAUUUUCUCCUCGGUGUGUAAAAGUAAUCGAAAAUUCAAUUCCCGCUAAUGAGCAAUUGUCAGCUGGUAUACAACGGGUGGAAUUGCCGUUUCGACCGGAAUUUGCUUCGUUGGAUGCCCGUUUCCGAUCAUUUACAAACUGGACCAUGGGCCACGUGCAGGAUCCUAAACGUUUAUCGGAGGCUGGUUUCUAUUAUCUAGGUGUUGCAGACGACGUGCGUUGUUUUCAAUGUGAUGGCGGAUUUGAACAGUGGCUUGUUAACGAUGAUCCCUGGUUCGAGCAUGCACGGUGUUUUCCAAAUUGCAGCUUUUUACGACUUGUAAUGGGUCAAUCUUUUAUUGACAAUGUGCAAAGCGAUGUCAACGAUUCUUCUACUGUCAAAAUGAUACCACCGAGCUCGAAACAUCCGCCAAUGAUCCUUGAAAAUGCUCUCAAUACUAAAUUAUCGCAACUAGCAUUGAAUUUGGGUCUGGAAGUUCACCAAAUCCUGGAAUUAACUACCCACCAGAUUAUGCAGCUGAUUACUGGACAGCCAGACCAAACAGCAGUGAUUGAGGUAUCGCAACAAAAUAGUCCCUCAACUUCGUCUUCCGUAACAACUUCUCAACAGCAAAAACGAUCUUCACAAAACGAAGCAAUCUCACAAUCUUCUGAUGAGUUGGUUAAACGAUUGACAGAAGAAAACGUUCGUCUGAAGGAGUCUCGUGAGUGUAAAAUUUGUUUAACAGAGGAAGUUGGCGUUGUUUUUUGCCCGUGUGGUCACCUAGUAUCCUGUGUACAGUGCGCUCCGGCUAUCUAUCACUGUCCGGUCUGUCGUGCAUUAAUAACGGGUCGAGUGCGUAUCUUUUUAUCAUAGAUCUAAUCGUGUAAUAAAUUUCAAUUCGUUUUGAUGGAAUAU